ACGAAGAACACUUCAUUCUCUGCAAAUCACCACUUCUCCCAAUUCAUAAAUGCCAACCAUCAUCUCACUCUCAUCUAGCGCUAACCCUAACCCUAUCUUCUCACCACUGCAACAACAACUACGGAAGAAUUCCCCUACCCUUACCAUUAACACAUGUCGAUCAUCGCAUUCAUCGUCUUCCCCAAUCUCUCCAACAAGUUACAGUUAUUAUUUUAGCUCCAGUUCCAACUCCAUUGUAACCAGAUGCUCAUCUCAUUCAGCGUCUGUUGUUGAUACGGUCGAGUGGCUCGAGCCUGAAGUUGAUGAUUCGAAUAGUGAUGGUGUGAUUGAGGAGGAUAUUAAACCUUCGAUUCCUGUUAGAGCUUAUUUCUUCUCUACUAGUGUUAAUCUGAGAAGUUUAGUGGACCAGAACAGGCACAAUUUCAUCCCGCCUACAUCGCGCAUGACUAACUAUGUUGUGUUAAGAUUUGGCAGCACCAAGCCUGAGCUUAUUGGUUCAGGUGCCACGAUAAGUGGAAGUGACUGCUGUUAUAUGGUAGUUUUUCAGUAUGGUUCAGUUGUCCUGUUUAAUGUUCGUGAUCAAGAAAUUGAUGGGUAUCUGAAAAUUGUUGAAAUGCAUGCUUCAGGUUCACUGCCUGAGAUGAGAAAAGAUGAAUAUGAAGUCAAAGAGAAACCGACACUAGACACAUGGAUGCAAGGUGGAUUAGAUCAUAUAAUGCUUCAGUAUUUGAAUAUUGAUGGGAUCCGUACGAUUGGUAGCGUUCUAGGACAGAGUAUUGCACUUGAUUAUUACGUUCGCCAGGUUGAUGAAAUGGUUGGAGAAUUUACUGAUAUAAACAGUGGUAUGGCAAAAACUGGAACCUUCCGGAUGAAGAGGAAAAAAUUAUUUCAAUUGGUGGGAAAGGCAAAUUCAAAUCUUGCAGAUGUAAUUCUUAAGCUUGGACUUUUCGAGAGAUCUGAUAUCGCAUGGAAGGAUGCUAAAUAUGCUCAGAUCUGGGAGUACAUGAGGGAUGAAUUUGAGUUGACUCAGAGGUUUGCUAGUUUGGAUUUCAAAUUAAAAUUCGUGGAGCACAAUAUUCGUUUUCUUCAAGAGAUCCUCCAAAAUAGGAAAUCCGAUUUUUAUGAAUGGGUCAUUAUUAUACUCAUAGGGGUGACAUGUAAUGGAACUCAAUUUGCAGGAGUUGAUGAAGAGGUGCAUUACCAUUUAUACCCUUUUCAACGUUGCUCUGCAGUUCUCCUAAUGCUUCUAGGGCUCCUGCUGUUCACAUCCAAACUGCAGCUCUGCUCAAAAUCUUCAUUCCAGCUAACACGGCCGUCAGGGUUUAUGCGCUGUUUGGAGGUAUAAUCUUUUUGAAUAGCUAUUCGAGGUAUGUGUCCUUUUUUGGGAAUUUCUAGUUUAACAUGCACUUGCAGAUUAUGAUUAUCUUUAUUAGGAACAUGAUCGAUAAGCAGGCCUUCAAGCUCACAGAUUGUGAGGUGGAGCUUGAAGUGCUUGGUGCCUGAUGUUGAACAAAACAUCCAGUUUCUCAUUUUGAUCUUUUACUUGAAUUGAUUUUGAUGAAUAAAGGCUAAUCUGAAGAUCUUGUUGUCUUUAUUGUGAGGGUUUCAGGGUGUUUGACAUUUGUAACUUAAACAUAAAGUACAGUUGCAAAAUGCCAAAGUCAAUUUCUUGAUUUGUUAA